UUGGUCUUGGUUGUUUAUUUAGUUAAACUCCAUCUCUCUCUCUCUCUCUCUCUCUCUCUCAAGCUUCUAUGGUUUGAGGUGGAUUCUGUUUCCAUGUUCUUACUUCUCUCUUUCUCUCUUGUUUCGCGGCGAGGGAGGAGGAAGUAGAGGAGUAGAAGAAAGAAAUUUCUCUCACUCUACGAAACUUCCUCUUUCUGUCUCUCUCUCAGCUUGACUUUUGAUCGAAGACAAAGCUUUCUUUUUUAAUCUUCCAGACAGUGUGCCCAUCUUCAAAAAUUAUCUAGGUGGAGAAACCUCCAAAGUACUCCAUGUUGGGUCAUUCUGAAGGUCAAUUCAACAUUACAGCAGUUAAUGUUCUUGAAGAAGCUGGGAAAACUGCUUGUGGAAUUGCUCCUGGAAUUAGUGCGUUUCAUUCAUCAAAUGAUGUGGGCUUGUUUUCUAGCUCCUUGAUGGUUCUUCCUCGUGAAAUAUUGAAUUUUACGGAUUUUGAACAUGGUGGUCAAUCUGUUGAUGAUUACUUGCCUAAUUUAAAUAAACUUCACCAAGUUAAUGAGCCUAUGAAUCCACUUGAACAUGUUGAAGCAAAUGCAAUAGAAAGGAUGCUUCCUGAUGAUGAAGUCGAGCUUUUUGCUGGCAUAAUGGAUGAUUUUGACCUAAGUGGUCUGCCUAUUCAGCUGGAGGAUUUGGAAGAUGACCUUUUCAGCAGUGGAGGGAGCAUGGAAUUAGAUUUGGAGGCACAAGAAAGCCUUAGCAUUGGUAUCUCAAAAUUAAGCAUUUGUGAUGGUAUCACUUCAAAUGGAAUUGGUCACUAUGCAGUUCCAAAUAGUGUGGGAACAGUGGCUGGGGAACAUCCCUAUGGGGAGCACCCGUCAAGGACAUUGUUUGUGAGGAAUAUCAAUAUCAAUGUUGAGGACUCUGAAUUAAGAGCUCUUUUUGAGAUUACCAAGUUCCAUAUUAUGUUCUACGGUUGGAAUGUGUAUCCAAGGUUUACUUUCCAGGAAUUUCCAAAGUACCUACCUUUGAUGAGGUUCCACGCCAUACAAAAAAAAAAUGUUCCACUUAUAAUGCAAUAUGGGGAUAUCAGGACUUUAUACACUGCGUGCAAGCACAGAGGCUUUGUGAUGAUAUCUUACUAUGAUAUCCGAGAUGCUCGUACUGCUAUGCGUGCAUUACAAAAUAAGCCCCUGAGGCGAAGAAAACUUGACAUUCAUUUUUCAAUUCCAAAGGAUAACCCAUCAGAAAAGGAUAUCAACCAAGGAACUCUUGUGGUAUUCAAUUUGGAUCCAUCGGUGUCAAAUGAUGACCUUUGCCAAAUAUUUGGGGUGUAUGGGGAGGUCAAAGAGAUCAGGGAAACACCUCACAAGAGACAUCAUAAGUUCAUAGAAUUCUAUGAUGUUAGAGCUGCAGAGGCAGCUCUUAAAGCAUUAAAUAGGAGUGACAUUGCUGGGAAACGCAUAAAGCUUGAACCUAGCCGUCCUGGUGGAGCACGCCGAAGCUUGAUGCAGCAACUAAGUCAAGAGCUAGAGCUAGAUGAAGCUCGAGGCUUCCAAUAUCAUGUGGGUUCACCUGUCACCAACUCUUCUCCAGGUAACUGGCUGCAAUUUGGCAGUGCAGGUGAUCAUAAUCCUCUGCAUGCUUUUAGCAAGUCCCCUGGUCGAGGAAAUCUCAGCCCUUUAAGUAGCAACCAAAUGCCUGGGUUAACUUCAAUUCCUCCACGUCAUCUGUCUAACUCUGCAAAAUUUGCACCAAUUGGUAAGGACACCGGAAGGGUGAACCUUAUAUUUCCUAACACUGGGCAAACGCAAGGAACAGCAUAUCAGCAUUCCCGUUCCUUUUCUGAGCAGAAAUUUAUUGCUAGUCCAGGAACACUAUCUCCAUGUUCCGACAUGAAUCUGAAUUCACCUGGCAUUGGAACUUUAUCUGGUCCUCAGUUUCUCUGGGGAAGUCCUGGCCCUUACUCUGAGCAUAUCAAUUCUUCUGCAUGGCAAACAUCAUCUGUGGGGCACCCAUUUGCAUCCAGUGGACACGAUCAGGGUUUUCCAUAUACGGGUGAAAAAGAUUCUUUUCUUGGCUUGCAUAACCACCAUCAUGUUGGAUCUGCUCCAUCUGUUGUUCCUCUUCAAAGGCAGUUUGGCUUCUUCCCGGAGUCACCAGACACAUCCUUCAUGAAUCCAGUUGCAUUUUCGAACAUGGAUUCAAGUCGCAACAAUGUUAUGAACAUUGGUGCUCAUGUAGGUCUUUCAGGAAACGUAACUGAAAAUGGUUCACCCAGUUUCAGAAUCAUGUCCCUGCCAAGGCAUGCUCCCAUGUUCCUUGGCAAUGGUUCUUAUCCAGGACCCAGAGCAACCGGCUAUGAGGGACUAGGUGAAUGUGGCCCAAGUCGGCGAGUUGAGAAUAGUUGGAAUCUGACAGAUGGCCAGAAGCAGUACCAGCUUGAUUUGGAUAAAAUUAUCAGCGGGGAAGAUUUCAGGACUACCUUGAUGAUUAAAAACAUCCCUAACAAGUACACUUCGAAGAUGCUACUGGCGGCUAUUGAUGAAAAUCACCAGGGUACUUAUGAUUUUAUUUACUUGCCAAUUGAUUUUAAGAAUAAGUGCAAUGUGGGUUAUGCCUUCAUCAAUAUGGUCUCUCCUUCCCACAUUAUCCCCUUCUAUGAGGCAUUUCAUGGAAAGAAGUGGGAGAAGUUUAAUAGUGAAAAAGUUUCUUCAUUGGCAUAUGCACGAAUCCAGGGCAAGCCUGCCCUUGUGACACACUUUCAGAAUUCAAGCCUAACGAAUGAAGAUAGACAAUGCUGGCCAAUUAUCUUCUCCUCAGAGGGACAAGAGACAAGUGAUCAGGAACCUUUCCUUUCUAGAAACUUGAACAUUUGUAUUCGUCAACCAGAUGGAUCUUACUCAGGGGAUUCUUUGGAGAGCCCAAAGGGAAAUGUGGAAAAGAAGCCAGAGAAAGACUAACAGUGUAUGGAAAUCUUAUUCUCAGACUUCAGAAAUGGAGUUGGGAGCUUCUAAGUGUUACAUAGUCGUUAUUGGUAUGUAAAGGUGAAAGAGGACAAAGUAACAUGUAUAUAACUGCCCAUACGAUUGCAUUGUCCCCUCUGGGUGAUGGAUGCUUGAGAAAUAUCUCAUGAAGAAGUAUAGAAGGAAAAGAGACAGCAUUGUGUGUAUAUAAAGCUACGGAUUGCUAAUUGACAACGGGGGAAGAAUAAAGUGAUCAAGUAUUGCUGAAUUGUGAAGUCUAUCUGCAGCAAUAUGCAUCACUCGUCGAUUUGUGCAGGCUCCCCUUCCGGGUUUUCCUUUCCGUCUUCCCUCUGGUUUUGUUUUUUUUUCCUGCCAUUGGAAAAUAUGAUUUAUAUAUUCAUGGGUAGAUGUCUAUAGAAUAUGGGGCUAUUAAAAACUGUACAGAUAGGAGACGAACACAAUAUCCUGUUGAUGCGUUGUUCAGUGUUGGCGAAAUGUGCCGUAUGAAAAUGUGUAUCCGAUAAAAAUAUAUGGUUGGUGCAUGUGUUGUUAUUCUCUCA